AUGAUCUUUGCUGUCCGUCAACUUCAGGAGAAGUGCCAGGAGAUGCGGACCCACCUGUACUCUACCUUCGUGGAUCUGACGGAGACUUUCGACACGGUGAGUCGUGAAGGACUGUGGAAGAUCGUGUAGAAAUUCGGCUGUCUCGAGCGAUUCACUCAGAUGGUGCGUCAGCUCCACAAUGCAUGAUGGCUCGCGUCACUGACAAUGGAGCCGUCCCAGAGGCAUUCACAGUAAUCAAAGGAGUAAAGCAGGGAUGCGUCCUGGCGCCCACCCUCUUCAGUCUUAUGUUCUCUGUCAUGCUGAUAGACGCCUACCGUGACGAACGUCCCCAGCAUCCGCAUCGCGUACAGGAUGGACGACCACUUCCUCAAUCAACGGCGGAUGCACUUCCGAUUUCGCGUAUCCACAACUACCGUUGACGAACUUCUCUUCGCCGACGAUUGCGCCCUCAACCCCACCUCGGAAGAGGUUAUGCAAAGGGGUAUGUACCUCUUCUCCGCCGCCUGCGAGAACUUCGGUCUGGUCAUUAGCAAAAGAAGAUGGUGUUCAUGUCCCAGCCGCUAACCAACACAGCCCCUCUCCCCAACGGGCCGCAAAUCAGCGUGAACGGAACCCAAGUGCAAGUGGUGGACAACUUCCCGUACUUGUGCAGUACCCUCUCCCGCAGCACCAAAAUCGAUGACGAAGUCGCCUGCCGGAUUUCGAAGGCCAGUCAAACCUUCGGUCGCCUUCAAAGCACAGUUUGGAAUCGUCACGGUUUCCAGCUCAGCACGAAACUGAAGAUUUACAAGGCCGUCAUCUUCCUGACGCUAGUGUACGGGGCAGAGACUUGGAGGGUGUAAACUAAGCAGGCACGCCGACUCAACCACUUCCACCUCAGCUGUCUUCGUCGCAUCCUGAGACUGAGUUGGCAGGAUCGAACCCCCAACAUAAAUGUACUGGAGCGGACGGAAAUUCUCAGCAUCUACAUUCGGCUGAGACCAUUUCAGCUGCGUGGGAGCGGCCACCUCGUGCGCAUGGCCAACGAGCGACUACCCAAGCGACUCUUCUAUGGAGACGUCGCCACGGGGUCUCGCCUCCAAGGCGGUCAAAUUCGCCGAUAUAAGGAUAGUCUGAAGUCCUCCCUAAAACGUCUGCACAUUAAUCCGGCCAGUUGGAAAAACCUCGCCCGAGACCGACCGACAUGGAGGAGGACAGUGAAGACAGGCGCUGUGAUUUACGAAGCCAACCGCAUGGCCGCCGGGAAAGCCAAAUGCGAAGCGCGCAUGUCUCAGCUGCGCCCCACCCCGAAAUUCGAACGCACAACCGCCUCCAACGUGUCCCCGGUGUCAACGGACAUUCCGGGCGCCGAUUAG